CAUUGGGUGCACCGGAAGAGGCAGUGGGGACCCGGCCAGGACCGCUCACGGCAUGGGGGGCUUGGGCUGGGUUGGAUGCGUCAGGGAAGUUGGUGUUUUACAUUCUGGGGAUCCGGCCCACACACCUAUUGCCAGAGAGAUGGUCUUGUGGAGAUCUCCACUCCCAGCCACACGACGUCCCUAUGGCAACUUCAGCGAUUGUCCGCAGGAAACGGUGACGCGAGGGGAAUUCUUCCCGGAUACUUUGCUUCUUUCAAUGGAAUUUAGCUUCUGGAACCAAAGAACCAGAUGUGAGCAGCUAGCUGGCUGCAGACCCUCGGCAACACCCCAGGAAACGGCCUUAGCUGGCUGAAGACUAACCAUGGGGGAUCCAUGGACCACGCAUGGGCUACCACUGACUUAGGAAAACUUGCUGCAUCUAAAUGGAAUCUAGCAUCACUGAAGCAAGCAAGGGUGCAUCUCUAGCCCCUGGGGUUUGCUGGACAGCACCAGGCCUUUAGGUUUCCCCUUCAGGGUAGGGGAGGUUGGUGCGAGUUUCUUUAGCAAUGGAAGAUGUUAUGAUAACAUGUAAAGAGCUUUCCAGGGAGUGUCAUGCUUUGCAGGAAGAGGAAAUAGGAUCCAGAUUCAGCAGCCUUUGCGAGUUUCCAAACACAUGGGUGCAGCCCUGGGAUCAGGUGCUAGUUAAAGGGCGAUUGUCGGAGAUGGUGGUUUGUAAAAGUCUCUCUUCAGUUGGAAAACACGAUGUUGACUUGACUUGAUCUGAAUUAAAUGUCACCUCUUGCCCAGGCUUUGAGAAUGAAUGUCCUCCCUUUCAAAAGGCCUGGAAGUUUUGAGGGCUUGCACCUCCUCCAGCGAUGACCUCUGGUGGGAGGUGCUGUGCCAGGAAGUUGCUGCAAUGCAUUGGUCUGUCAGCAAUGCAUCAGGCCCUUAGAGCAGUCCUGCUUCUUGGCAGGUGCGAGCAAAAAAAUCAACAGCUUGGGCAUAACCGAGGUACUUUUCAAGUUCAGAUGCCUCCGUUAGCACAGGGGACGCUCCCAGAGCUUGGAGCCGAGAGAGUUUAAGUGGCGUUGUGGCUAGCUUUGAAACGGAGCCAGGGUGGCUGCUCAUCACUGACGUGUUGGGGAUAAGAGAUGCCGUGUUCCUCAGGGCAGCAGUCCUCUCCUCUGCAUCUGCACAGCACCUAGCUCAGAAUAAAUAACAGGAGGUGGCAUCUUGCAGGCAAUUGUUGAGUGUGUUUUGUUUUGAGAUGCAAUAUGGGAGGGCUGGCAAAGCACUCCUAGCUGAAGGCUGUGCUCUUUGCUGCACGAAUUCACCGCAUCAGGCAUAGAACUUGGAAUCUUUCCCCUGGAGAGUCUGUCCAUCCACUCAGGCAGGGCUGAGGGGGCCCAGGCGACCUCUAGGCUCAUGGAGAUCUCAGAUGUGAUACUCGAAUCUGAACCACCAGCAACGUCUGUUGUGCUUUCCUGGUGCUGGAAGGAGAUUGGGCAUCGGGCUGGCUGAGUCUGGAAUGGCCCCAGCACACUGGAAAAGAAAGACCUUUCCCCUCUGCUGGUGUCUCUGGGGAAGAGGUUGCAGGGCCCUGUCUCUCUGUGGGAUGCUGCUGAGCCGCGUGCCUUGGGCAAUAAACAGCCUGGACUGGGGCCCUUGCACCCAGCACAGCCGGACGUUCAUCAGCCUCACGGGGCCUUUCACCAACAAAAGGAAGGAGUAUUCGGAGAGGAGGAUUAUAGGGUACUCCAUGCAGGAAAUGUACGAGGUGGUGUCCAACGUGGAUGACUACAAGCACUUUGUCCCCUGGUGCAAGAAGUCGGUGGUGGUCUCCAAGCGCACGGGCCACGUGAAGGCUCAGCUGGAAGUGGGCUUCCCGCCCGUGCUGGAGAGAUACACCUCCAUCAUCACCCUGGUGCGCCCACACCUUGUCAAGGCAAUCUGCACUGACGGGCGGCUCUUCAACCACCUGGAGACCAGCUGGCGCUUCAGCCCCGGCAUCCCAGGCUACCCCCGCACCUGCACAGUGGAUUUCUCGAUCUCCUUCGAGUUCCGCUCCCUGCUGCACUCGCAGCUCGCCACGGUCUUCUUCGAUGAGGUGGUCAAGCAGAUGGUGGCAGCUUUCGAGCGGCGGGCGGCCAAGAACUUCGGCCCGGAGACGCGCAUCCCCCGGGAGCUCAUGUUUCACGAAGUUCACCAAACGUGAGGGGGUCGGGGCCGCACGUGCAGACUCUGCCACAGUGGUGGGAGGCGCUCGGAUGCCCCGCCCCUGCCUUUUUAACUAUUUAUUUGAUUUCACCUCUCCUGACAGUCUCUCUAAUUUAUCUGCUGGCCUGGUGUGCCAAGAAUGGGGACGUACCCAGAGCGGCUGGGUCUGGCUGCCCUGGAGCAUCUCCCAGGCCUGCCAUCUCGCACAGAAGACCCCCACUGGCCUGUUGGGCUCCAUAUUUUUGUAGCUAAUUUUAUUUUAAACUUAUUUUAUUUUGG